CACCUGAUUGGCUGAGAAGCUACAUCUAAGGCACUUUUAUCGAUAAAAGAGGAUUCAGAAUAUGGACCAGAGUCUUUCUUCGGGUAGGAUCCGUUUAGCGUUGCAAGUACUCAAGAGCGACCAAUCAUAUAGCUUUAUUUAACGCUUCCAAACAUUGGAAGUGUCAAUCUCGGACUCUGUUCUUUAUGAGACUUGAGUACGUGGUUAGUACACGAUGGUGGUCGAGGAGAAAAUGGAUUUCUCGAAAGAGAACACGGUGCAGAAUGACGUGACAGCGAAGGAACCGAAGACCUUUUCUUUAGAGAUUUUGAAAAUAAUCAAGGAGGCACAGCAGCAGCAUGGCCUGCGACAUGGUGAUUACCAGCGAUAUCGUGGCUACUGCUCGAGAAGGCUCAGAAGACUGCGUAAGGUAUUGAAAGUACCACAGGGUGACAGACGUCACUUCAAGAGGAAAGACAUCAUCCCUGUUAUGGUCAGCGAGGAUAAAUUCUUGCAAGUGCCCUUGAUAAUGGCUGAGCGUGCGUGGAGUUAUGCGAUGCAGCUGCGUCAGGAAUCUAACACAGAGCCAAGGAAAAAGUUUCAUCUGGUAUCGAGACUGAAGAAAGCAGCUGCAUAUUCCUUGCAAUUACAAGAUUUAAUAGAGAAAGUAAACUGCGACGCGCGCACCAAACUGGAAGCUCAAGCAUAUGUAGCCUGGAUGAACGGCUCGCUGCAGUUUGAGUUGCAGUUGUGGAAACAGGCCAUGGAAAACUUAAAGAAAGCACAGGUGGUGUACGGCAACCUGGCGUCCGCGUUGCCAGAGGCGGAGCAGAUCAUGUAUAAGGCGCGAGUGGAGGAGUUGGCGCCUAGUCUCAGAUAUUGCGCCUACAACAUCGGAGACACCAGCGCGAUAGAUGAUCUCAUGCAGAUGCGUGGCCAACUGAGCGGCGAACUGAUGGCCAGUCUGGACUCCUUGAUCGCACAGACGCGCGAGAAGCAGGCCAACAUGGAGGAGGUGACAUGGCGCGGCAAAUCGUGCGGCACUGUUCCGCCGAGGGCGGCCGGUCUGAUCAUCGCGGACUCUAGACUGAAUCAAGCGCUGGAGAAAGCCGCCACGAAUCAGGCCAAGAUCGACCUGCUCGAGGCGCACUUGAUCGACUGCAAGGACGCGCUGUCAGUCGUGCGCGAUCACUUCAAGACCGAGCUGAAGAAUCGGGAGAGCAACGACAAGUGGUCGGCGCCGCAGCACCUCAUCAAUUAUCUGCAAUACAUCCGGCUGUCGCGCACGUUGGAGCGUAAUCUGGCGCUGGUGAGCGCAGCAGAGGAAUCUGAGAAAGCCAAACCUCAGGACAUCGUGCGCCUGUACGAGGCUGCUCUGCAUAACCUCGUGGAGAUUUCUCAGUUGCAGGACGACACGGAGUUUUUGGAGGAGCAGACGGCCAAGACGAAGGGCUAUAGGGCUUUCCGCUGCUACUACAUAGCCCAGUCGCUUGCCAACCUUCACCGUUGGCGCGAAGCUAUGGCGCUCUAUCAGAGAUCACUGCAGCAUGUGAAGGAUGCGCUCAAGUAUGCUCAGAUCCUUCCGGACGCGUUGAAGGCCGCCUUGUGCAAGCUGGAAACCUCCGUGGAGGCCGCACAGUACGCCGCUCACGCUCACAGCGUUCUCGAGGACCACGAAGAGGAGGGUGGCACGAAUAAGCACGCCAAAACAAAGAAGCCCUUGUAUGAGCGCUUGCACGAGUACAGAGAGGAUCCCGCGCUUCUCACCAAACAACCGAACGUCUACAAACUGCCGCCGCCGAUGCGCAGUAUUCCCUGCAAGCCCUUGUUCUUCGACCUGGCUUUCAACAUGGUAGAGUUCCCCGAUCUGUCGCAUAAAAUGGGCGAUCAAGCCAAGAGAGGACAGGCCGGCUUCGUCAGCGGUUUCGUCAAGGGUCUCUGGGGUUGGGGAAAUAAAUAAUCAUUUCGCAUGCAAUUCCCAAGGAGCGACAGGAUCUUGGACACGUUAUAUAGAAAGUACAACGUGGUGUACCGUUAUUGCUGUAUGUGUGUCUCUCUUUGUGAGAUAUAUCAGGCCAGAAUGCUGGGCCUCUAGAGGAAAACGUUUAGUAGUCGGCAUUCUAUAUAUCUUCAGCAUUGGAAACUGUAACGAAUGCCUGUUACUGAACGUUUCCCUUUUACAUAUAAAUCGAAUUUGCACUAUAACAAUAAUAUUGCCGGGGAUAAAAAUAAAAUGGAAUACUUGGUGUACAGA